GAUGAAACCAUGUUGAAAUCUAUUGAAUUAGUGAAUUAAAAUUAUUCAUAAAUUCAUAUUGUUUUUAGUUUCAUGGAUUUUUCAUUCAUAACGAAAAAUAAAAUUCUGACGUCAAAUGAUGGAGGUAACAAAAAAUGAGUCCUCAAAAGAGGACCCCUUGUUAUGCUGUCGCGCAUGCCUUUCGACCGACCGUAGAUUGUUCAACAUACAUGAAAAUAAACUUGCUGACGUCUUUGCUCACAUCACGGGGACUCUCGUAAUCAAGGACAAGCUUCCUCAGCACCUGUGCUCGUACUGCGGCGUGCAGCUCCGUAAAUGUGCGUCUUUCAGAGACAUGUGUCUCCGCACACAACAGAUUCUAACCAUAGAGCCGCACAAGGAAGAGCUGGAAUCAGACGGUAUUCGCAAAAUAAGCCGCCCCUCGAACCUAUUUCUUGAUCUAACAAUAACUAAAGUCGAUACAGUAGAAUGUAUAGACAUCACAUCACCGGAAAAUAUAAAAAAGGAACCAAACAUAACCAAAGAAAUUAACAAACCAAACAUUAACAUUGCAGGUGUUAUUAAAAAAACUGGUUCAAAAACUCAAUUUGAAAACCAAAAGCGUGUACUUAAUGUUACUGCCGAUAAACUUAAAUACAUACAAAAAAGGGUUAGGAACAUUGAAAAUACUAUCAAGAAGAAGAUGGAAAAGUCAAAUGAAGAUAGCAAUGAUGAAAAUGACGCCAGUAUAACAGAAACGAAAAUUAAGAUGGAAAUUGAAAUAACAGAAGAUACAAACUACAGUGUAUUUAAUGAGGAAGUUAAAAAAGAACUUGAAGUUGAACAUAAUAAUGAAGAAGCUGAUGGUGUGAGUGACGUUAAUAAUGUACCACUUAAAAGGCGAAAAGAAAUGAAAAAGAAUUUGGAAGUUAAGAAGAAGAGAAUAGAUGUGAAAACUUUGUGCAAAAGUAAAACGAAGCAGAAGAGAGCAGUAACAAGUAAAAGAGUGAAAAGAAAGAUAAGGAAUCCUGAGAAUAAUUAUAUGCCUGAGUUUGAUUUUGCUAAAUUUGAGCGUGAGAAUAAAGUGACAAUUCUGACUUUAAGCAAGGAAGAGCAGUUGGAAGAGAUCGCCGCCCGCAAGAAGUCGGAGAACUACUUGGAGUCGCAGUUCAAGUGCGAGACCUGCGGGAAGGGGUUUAACGCUGAGGCCGCUUACAACAACCAUCUAAUGAGACACGAUCCGAUCGAGGGCGAGUUAGCGUGCGAGAUCUGUGCCGUGCGUUACAAGCGUCCGUUCCAGGUGCAGCGACACCAGGACGUGCACCGACUGAAGUUUCUAUGCAACGAGUGCGACUUUGUGUCCAGAACCAGGUGCCAAGCAAUGAGUCAUCACGACAUGCACGCGGGCAAGAAAUUCGAGUGCCAGCACUGCUUGAAAGUCUUCGCUAAGAUGACGACGUACUUGUCGCACAUACGCGUGCUGCACCCGGCGCAGUGCGCCGCGUGCGACGUGUGCGGGGACACGUUCGUGGGGGAGAAGGGGCUGCGCGCGCACAAGAAGAGAGCGCAUGCUAAGGUAUGUAGCGUGAGGGGGACGGCUAUAUCUCCGUCUCGUUCAACAGUUUAGUGUCCUCUCAGUAAG